CCUCCGCGGCUCCCCGCCCGGCCUCCUCCCCCGCAACACACGCGGACACGCGCGCGCGAACACACUCACACGCCCCGCCACACCGGCGCGCCGCUCCAUGGACCGCCUUCCCCGCUCGCCCUGAGCCCAGCCCAGCCCAGCCCAGCCCAGCCCAGCCCAGCCCAGCCCGGGAUGAGAAAUUGCAAAAUGGCCCGGGUCGCCAGUGUGCUGGGGCUGGUCAUGCUCAGCGUCGCCCUGCUGAUUUUAUCGCUCAUCAGCUACGUGUCCCUGAAAAAGGAGAACAUCUUCACCACUCCCAAGUACGCCACCCGGGGGGCGCCCCGAAUGUACAUGUUCCACGCGGGAUUCCAGUCACAGUUUGCGCUGAAGUUUCUAGACCCAUCCUAUGUGCCUGUCCCGAACACUCUGAGCCAGGACCUCCAUCAGAGACCUUCCAAGUGGACAUUUAAUCGGACAGCGUUUUUACAUCAAAGGCAAGAAAUUCUUCAGCAUGUCGAUGUAGUAAAAAAUUUUUCUUUGACCAAGAAUAGUGUUCGGAUUGGACAACUGAUGCACUAUGAUUAUUCCAGCCAUAAGUAUGUUUUCUCAAUUAGCAAUAACUUCCGAUCACUGCUUCCAGAUGUGUCACCCAUUGUGAAUAAGCAUUAUAAUAUUUGUGCUGUGGUCGGAAAUAGUGGGAUCCUGACAGGGAGCCGGUGUGGACAAGAAAUAGAUAAGUCAGAUUUUGUUUUCCGUUGCAAUUUCGCCCCCACGGAAGCUUUCCAAAGAGAUGUUGGAAGGAAAAUCAACCUUACCACCUUCAACCCCAGCAUCCUGGAGAAAUAUUACAACAAUCUUUUGUCCAUUCAAGAUCGUAACAACUUUUUCCUCAGUUUGAAAAAGCUCGAUGGGGCCAUUCUUUGGAUCCCUGCCUUUUUUUUCCACACUUCAGCAACUGUUACCAGGACAUUAGUUGACUUUUUUGUUGAACACAGAGGUCAGUUAAAGGUCCAAUUGGCUUGGCCUGGAAAUAUAAUGCAACAUGUCAACAGGUACUGGAAAAGCAAACAUUUGUCUCCCAAGCGACUGAGCACAGGUAUUCUUAUGUACACCCUUGCGUCAGCAAUAUGUGAAGAGAUCCACUUGUAUGGAUUUUGGCCUUUUGGAUUUGACCCCAACACCAGGGAAGAUCUUCCAUACCAUUACUAUGACAAAAAAGGAACCAAAUUCACCACCAAAUGGCAAGAGUCCCACCAAUUGCCUGUUGAGUUUCAGCUGCUGUACCGAAUGCAUGGGGAAGGGCUCACCAAGCUGACUCUGUCACACUGUGCCUGAGAACUCUCAACAGGAAGUGCCAAAUGGCUGUUUAAAAAGUGCCCCAAAUCAAAUUGAAUAGUUUUCAGAGUAGAACCCUAGAGAUUUCUUAGAAGGAGUGUCUGCCAUUUCAAAGGAAAGCUGUCUUCUUCUUGCCCUCUUCUGCACUCACUGAUCUUUUUAAGGGUCUUAGCGGGACAGAGGCACUGAAGCUGCUUGGUUUAAAAGCUGAUUGGUAGAGGGACUGUUGCAUUUGGAGCUAUGCUGCUAAGGAAAUGGUUCAACGUGUGGCCUCUUUUUUUUUUUUUUUAAUGAGGACUGGAGCUAUACUCUGCAGCUCUUUUCAGAUACAGUCCUCAUAUAGUCAGUGGUGCCUGGCCAGUUCGGGCAGGAUCUCAGUUGUACCUGGACAGGAUCAGGCUCUUCAGAAUGGAAAUGUAAACUGGUUGGGAUAUUUCAUUUCUCUCUUGCUCUCCUCACACCUCACAGCCUCACCUUUUGUCCCUCUAUCAUGGAGUUUACCAGUUUGCUAAGGAUAGUGCCGCAUUCUGUUUGCUUGUGUGUGCUGCAUCGGUACUUGAUGUGUUCAAGGCUCUGGGUAGCUCUGAUGUUUUGUGACAAGCUGGACAAACGAUGAUGGAUCCCUUAUGAUUAGCUUUUAUAAAAGAAGCCUCACUAAUCCAUGCUGUCAACCUA